AUGCCUGUUUGCCUCAGCCUGGGUGCGGUGGCGGACCACGCCUCCACUUACAACGUGGACAGUAAACUGGUGGACUUUGAGACCUUCCUGCCAAUGCUGCAACAUGUGGCUCAAUCCAAAGACAAAGGGACGCAUGACGACUUUGUGGAAGGCCUCAGAGUUUUUGAUAAAGAAGGAAACGGGAUGGUGAUGGGUGCAGAGCUGAGACAUGUUCUGGUCACUCCUGGGCUAUGAGAGAGGAUGACAGAGGAAGAAGUGGACAAACUGUUGGCAGGACAGGAAGACGCUAAUGGAUGUAUUAACUAUGAAGCUUUUGUCAAGCACAUCAUGGCUGGUUGAAACAACAUGUUGGAGUCAAAGAAGUUCCUGGUUUGCCCUGGUCACUACUUUCUUCUCUUUCUUCAAUCUAAGAUACCUGCUGUUUUUGUCCACUUGUUAAGAAUACAAUAAAACGUAUUAGCAUGUUAAACA